AUGCGUUAUGUCUCAAACCUACUUCGCUCCGGCGAUGAGGACCAGUUGCUGUCAUCUCGCUCGAUUCCGUCGCCUACGUACAAAAGCGUUGAUAUGCCGUCGCCCGCUUAUCCACCAUUAAUGAAGAGAGGUGGCGCAGAGCACACGACCGCACGUGCAAAGAGCCCUCUAGAUCGAGUGGAUGGUCUUCGGACGGGCCACGUGGAAACAGAUUUUCUGAACAUGGCUAUUUCACCUACCGACCUUGCGGCUAUCUUCCCAGAAGACUUCUAUGGAAACAUGCUUAUUGACAAUCUAAACUUGGCGUCUCAAAAUUCUCAAUCUCAGGGCUUCGGGACAUUGAUGGCAAUGGCUGACAAUAUGGAGAACUCGAAUCUGGACCAACUUACGCCAGAGGAUGAUCUUUCGCUGCUAUCACAGUUGACUCCUCAGUUGGAAAUCAGUAUGAGCAUGGACUUACAACCAUAUACGUCGCCUGAAUUCUGGGAGGCAUGGUUGGCUGAGUUAGUUCCAAUGGCCUGUCCUGACUCGCCCGCAGGCCUGGGGGCUCCCAUUGCCAAUUUAAGCAACGAAAUUUCUCAAAGCUGGAAUGGGCCGUUUCCUGUCACACCUAACCUGCAUGAUCAUCUAAAUAAAAGCGAGGUUUCUGUAGGACUAUCUGCUUCCAGUGCCCCAACAUCAACCAAGACUGCGGCCAGUGAGGACGACAUUGCCACAGGCUUAGAGGAUAACAAUUCCGAGCCUGAGAUGAUUGAGCAGAUAUCCAGAUUGGAUAGCUUUCGAGCCGCAUAG